CGGAUAUAGAAUAAUACACUUUCGAAAAUAUUACGGUUUGAGUUAAGAUAUUUCUCAAGUAUAGAAUUUUGUAGCUGAACAAAAGAAUGCGUCAGCAAUUUCUCUGUUCAAGUUGUCAAUAUGAAUGGUAUAACCUGAAUAAAAGCUUUCGUAUUCGUUUAUUAUAUUCCACUAUUGCCAGAUAAUGUUAGAAAGAAUAUUUUAAGAACGUAAAAAUGGUAACGCGCGUCUUGUUAGAAUAUUUGUUUUGUGUGACAGAAUUGAUCAGUUUCGUGAUAGUUGAAUGCUUGUAUUCGGUGUGUCAGUGCGUGUUUUGGACAGUUUUCACACAACUAAUGGGCCAGAAAUCAUUGCAAUGGACGCAACGUUUUCUAAUCCACUGUUUAUCAUCUAAAAACUGAAUAAGGACAAAAACGUGGAAACGUAACGCUAUUAUCUCGGUACACGGUAAGAAGACGUUAAAGGUAAAAUGUGAAAUAUAUGUACGUGAUGUAAAGAAAAUAGGAACUCGCUACGUGUACUAAGUUUCCGUUUUUGUCCACGUUCAUCCACUGUAUUUAACGAUACUAUAUUUUUGAUUUCUUAUAUUUUUAUUAAAAGUCAAAUUGGCGCAUUAAAAAAAUUUUUUUAAGAUCGUGUAAUCAUCUAGCAAUCCAUCUAAAUAUCAUACUGAUAUCGUAUAUUUUUCAGUUCUCCUUCUACAUUUUUAUUCUUGGCACGUUGAUAUUAAUCCUCGACUCGUGCACUCCGCAAAUACAAGAAGUACGUUUCGGAUAUGAAGAAGCUUUCUUACUCUGCCAUUUCCGUCAGAUACAUCUUCCGAAACAAGCAAUUGAGAUUGCUCGUCUUGAUAGCGAUAACAACAAGCGAUAUUUAUUUCGAGAAUCCUUAACUUAUAAAUCAAAGAAAUACGUGAUUCAUUUUUUGUUUCGCGAUACCGAUAAAUCCAGCUAUCAAACCAAGAAGAUAUAAAAAAACACUAAUUGCGGCAUUCCGUCAUACUUCCCGGAAGAAUGUGCAAAUGUAUGUAAAUCACAGUCAGAGACGAAUACUUGAGGACAAUAAGGCGGGAAAAGAUUCGUGAACGAUUGCGAGGUAAAAUGAAAAUUCUAAAGGCGCGAAGCAAGAUUGGUAGAAUGAGAAAGCAAAUUCUUGCAAACAAAAAUUGUCACUCACACACGCGGGAACAAAAAUAAUUUGUCGAAAUUAAAUUGUAUGAAAAAUAUUUAUACUUCAUACAAUAAGAAUCGAAAUAAAUAUAGCCACUCUUUGAUGCCGUAGAGUAGUAGUGUUUCCCACCGCUGAACUAGAUAAACAAUAAUUUUAGCGGAUGCCAAAAAUACGCAUCCUCCGGUACUCGUAUUGUUUUCAUCGUACAAGUCGACAGUAAUUACACGUUUUAACGCGAUUUAAUAUCAUCCCUAACUAUCCAAGUACAGGAUUUUAAUAACGAUGACAUUAAAGCCCCUAACGAGGUUACGUACAACUGGGAAUUUUCCUCUAAUAAUAUCAAACAACAUCGGAACUAUACAAUGUCUUUGAACGACAGCGUUAUAUCGUUUUUAUUUGCUCUAACUUCUGACGUGGAACGAUUGAGCGGCUAAAUGUUGAGAGUAUAUCGAAUUAUACCGAACAGACGAAGCGGAUAGAGCGAAACAUUCGGAAGAACUUCAUUUCUCGCGUUAAAUCGCGCAACCGUUUAUCGUGUUGUCGCGUAGUUCAAUUUAUCACGGCAUUAAAUCUCGUUUUAUGCUAUGCCCUCUUGGUUCUAUUUGUGAAAAUAUCAAGACGCGUCUAGGGGAGAAGUAAGUUUUCGCAGGUGUUACAACUCGUGAAAUAUGCGUAUGCGCGAGCAGAAAUUUCUCUCGGUAAUCAGAACGAUAAAAUUGUCGUUAAAUAUUUUGAAUCGUUGAUUUGGCGAGAUGCGCGUGAUUUUAUUGGUCGAGUUACGAUGCGGACUGGUUUGCGGGGGUUAAAGUGGAGGGUUGGGUGCGUAGUAGAUGGGCGCGUGGUGCAAAGGUGAGCAACUCGAGAGACGUCACUUGUUCACGAUCUGGCGAACGGUGCGCUUUUAAGAUCAUCCCUCGCAUGGGGGGAGGGAGGCGCCAGCGUUAUUACUGUUUUCCACACGUCAUUGAUUUCGGCUGGAACUGUCGAGAUUCGAGCAACAGAUGAAUUUGUUCUUUGCCGACGAAUACCGAAGGGAUUUCUAUGAAGCAAAUAUCUGACAUUUAUGGGAAGACUAUUAAUUGUUUUCGAAGUGAGGAAGAACGAUUAUUGUUGCGUGACUUAAAAGGGAACAAAGGGCAAAGUGAUUUAUUUCUGUCGCAAACGGUGAUUAAAAUUCGUGAACGAUGGAUGUGUCGGAUAAAUAUUCGUUUUACGAGAACAUUAGCGACGAAUUGGAAUACUUGGAAAAAAUACGCGGUCCCAAGUAUUUAUCUUUAACGUUGGUCGUACCUGUUACCCUUACGUACGUUAUCAUCUUCGUAACCGGAUUUGUUGGCAAUGUGAUCACUUGCAUCGUCAUAUGGAGGAAUCCGACCAUGCAGACACCGACGAAUUAUUACUUGUUCAAUUUGGCGGUAUCCGAUCUGCUGUUUUUGAUAUUGGGUUUACCCUUCGAAUUGAGCGUAUUUUGGCAACAAUAUCCAUGGCAAUGGGGACUAGGCAUAUGUAAACUGAGAGCGUACGUCUCCGAAACGUCCUCUUACGUGUCGGUACUAACUAUAAUGGCAUUCUCAGUAGAAAGAUAUUUGGCAAUUUAUCAUCCUCUUCGUCAUUAUGGAAGUGGUCUGAAGCGUUCUAUACGAUCUAUAUUUGGUGCAUGGUUGAUAGCUUUGAUUUUUGCUAUACCAUUCGCUGCUUACAUUGAUAUAGAUUACGUUGAGUACCCACAAAACUCGAAACGAAACUCGGAAGAAUCCGCGAUUUGCGCGAUGCUGAAGGAAAACAUGCCAAAUUUCCCUCUUUACCAGCUUAGUUGUAUCUUCUUCUUUCUCAUACCCAUGGUGUUUAUCGCGGUGCUUUACGUGAGGAUAGGGUUGCGAAUACAAAGUGAUACCCUCGCGCAAAACGUCGAGGGAUACGUUCAUGGUGAAACCAAACAAGCCCAGUCACGGAAAACCAUCACACGGAUGCUGAGUGCCGUAGUGAUCACAUUUUUCAUCUGUUGGGCGCCAUUUCACAUUCAACGAUUAUUAUACGUAUAUGAAGAUUCGACGUAUGAUGACAUAAACCAGUGGGUGUACCCGCUCACUGGUUGCCUUUACUACUUCAGCACCACCAUCAAUCCCAUCCUGUAUAAUGUGAUGAGCGCGAAAUAUCGGAAUGCUUUUAAGGAAACAUGUCGAUGCUCCCCUAGCAAUCCAUCCAUUAGCAGAGUUGGCCUGAGUAGCAUGAGAGAUUCCAGUACAAUUUGUGGUGUCAGGCCUAGUCAAGCAUCUCAGGUGUUUCGAGAAAGAAGCGUAAAUAGCCAACGACAUGGGAUGUACAGCGCUUCGGAUCCUGUGAAAAACAAGUCGCACGAGGCAGCUCAAUUACAGGCAGACGAUGGAGAGGAUGAAAAGCGAACGAAUAACGUACCUGCGAACUAUUUUUUGACAGCAGACAAAAACACUAACGAAAUCGGUGCUUCGCGAUAUUUGCAACAGACAAAAAGAUCAUCGAUCCUAAUACACGCGAAAAAUAGACGUCUCAAAUAUCAAGUGUCUGACGAAGAUGAGACUCCCUCGAAUGAAACGCACAUCUGAUCAUCGUAUUUUGGAAGAACGGUAUAUAUUUAAGGAAUAGCGCACAGAAAAGUCAAUGAUAAUUUCAAACAAAAAAAGUUAAGAACUUUGUGAUAUUAUCGCGCAAGCUUCGUUCGUUGUAACCCUUUAAGAUCAUCCUUCCAAAGUAUUAAUCCCUGGCUUAUCUUGUCAAGGAAAAUGGCUCACAUGUUACGAAUUUCCCGCAUCUUUGUACAUUAGCAAGUAACGGAAAAUCGGAAUUUACGUAUUUGCUAGGAUCGAUUGAAGAUAUUGAAAAGUACUUUGAGAUUCGUGUGGGAACGUUUAAGGAAGAUUGAUCGAGUGUAAGCUUAAGAAUCGUUGAUACGAAUAGCUGAAAUUUAUAGGCGGGAGAUAAUUUCCAAACGAUAAAAAGAGGGCUUCAAGAGGACAAAACUAUAGACAAGUUAUUAAA